AUGAAGUUCACCACCGUUGUUCUCGCCGUUUUCGGCAUCAUUGCCAGCGCCAGCGCUGCCCCAACUGCUGAAUCCGACAUCGUCAUCAAGUUGUCACCAGAGCUUCACAAACGCCUCCCAGAAGCUGAAUUGACCGAAUUGAUCAAAUCCACGAUCUUGAAGAGCCGUGAUUUGGAGCUCGAGGCCCGUGGGUGCAGUUGGUACUGCGGCUUCGGACUUUGUGGAACCACUACCCAGUGCUGCAUCCAGAAAUGCACCUAA